AUGGAAAGUUCCAGCUGGUUCGAGAACCGAGGGGGCGUGGCGUGGGGCGCGGGGGCGUGGCUAGCCGAGGGGGCGUGGCGGGCCGUCUGCGCAGCUGCCAGAGCCUUUAAGCCCGGGCUCGCGCGGCCGGAGCGUGCUUUCGCCGCUUGGGAGCCUUCCGGCGCAGUCCCCAGCCUGGUCCCCGCGGUCCCCGACCUCGUACGUCCCCGGAGCCGGCUCGGUUCGGAGCUGCGCGCUGUGCAUUCGGGUAUGCCCCGCUACGAGCUGGCUUUGAUUCUGAAAGCCAUGCAGCGGCCAGAGACUGCUGCUGCUUUGAAACGUACUCUAGAAGCCCUGAUGGACAGAGGGGCAGUAGUGAGGAACCUGGAGAACCUGGGCGAACAGGCGCUUCCUUACAAGAUGUCCUCGCAUAGUCAGCGGCACACCCGAGGAGGGUAUUUCUUGGUGGAUUUUUAUGCGCCAACAACAACUGUUGACGGCAUAAUGGAGUAUCUGUCUCGAGACACUGAUGUGAUUAGACCGAAUAUUGUAAAACACCCUCUGACUCAGGAAGUGAAAAAGUGUGAAGGGAUCGUCCCAGUCCCACUUGAAGAGAAGCUGUAUUCCACGAAGAGGAGGAAGUGAGAAGAUUCGCCAGAUCUUAGCCUUAUAUUUAAUUCUCUCACUUUUGAGCACCGGGGAUUAAUAAUUUACAAGCUUGACCUUUAUAUAAGAGGGUGCUGCAGGCGCCACUUGAUUUUUCUGAGAUAUUUUUAGCUCUUGAUCCUCGUUGCUGUGGGAAGUAGGGGCAUGGCUUGCUUAGAGCCUCUUUGUGAUCUGUGGUCCCCGCUUGGCUUCCUCGAUUCUGUUUCCUGAAUGUAAUUUGUCAGGACUUUUGCCCUGCAACAACACUAACACUAUUUUGAAGAGCAAAGCUUGUAAAAACUGCCUUGGGUUGCAAGCUAGUCAUUCAGACUGUAUACAACCAUGCAAAAUAAAAUUUUAAGACCAUCGUA